CCGCGCGUGAGGCGGCGGCGGCUAUGGCGGGCUCUCCGGAGGCGGCGGAGGCGCAGGGCCGGGAGCCCCCCGCCGGGGCCGCGACACGGGCCGGGAAAAGGGCGGCCGGGGCCGCAACCGGAACGUUGCAGCCGGCGAAGCUGAGCCGGGCCGAGCUCUACAAGCCACCGACCAGCGAGGAGCUGAGCCAGCUGAAGGAAACGGAAGAUCUGUUCCACUCCAGCCUGCUCCGCUUGCAGAUUGAAGAGCUUUUGAAGGAGGUGACGUUGAAAGACACAAAAAAGAAGAGGAUUGAUGCCUUCCUUCAUGAAAUUAACAGACUGCUGAGCACCCUCCCAGAGACCCCAGAAACUGAACUCACUGACCAAGCCUGGCUCCCCAAGGGUGUGAAGGUCCCGUUCCUGCAGGUGCCGUUCAGCGUGAAGGGGAGGUUCCAUUUUGUGCCCCCGUCCGAGGUGACGGUGGUGGGCAGUUACCUGCUGGGCACCUGCAUUAAGCCUGAGAUCAACGUGGACGUGGCGGUGACGAUGCCGCGGGAGAUCUUCCAGGACAAAGACAACCUAAAUCAGCGCUACCAUCGGAAAAGAGCUCUGUACCUGGCCCACAUCUCCCACCACUUCUCCAAGGAGAAACUCUUUGGCAGUGUGAAGUUUGCCUACAUGAACAGCAACCAUCUCAAGCCCAUCUUGCUCUUGAGGCCUCAAGGUAAGGAUGAGAAGACAGUCACUGUCCGACUCCAUGCCUGUCCUGCCCCGGGUCUCUUCAAACCCAGCCGUUUCUAUCCCAACAAGAACAAUGUCCGGACAGCCUGGUUCAUGGAGCAAAGCACCCCCACAGAAGGAGCUUCUGAGCCCCCAACCCCUCACUACAACAACUCCAUCCUCUGUGACACGGUGCUGCAGUCCCACCUGCACUUCUUGUCUAGUGCAGCCACUGAUUUCCCAGGCAUGAAGGAUGGCCUGGCCCUUCUCAAAGUGUGGUUAAACCAGCGGCAACUCAGCAAGGGCUUGGGGUGCUUCAAUGGCUUCUUGGUCUCCAUGCUGGUUGCCUACCUGGUGAUGAAACGCAAGAUUGUCAAGUUGAUGAGUGGGUACCAGGUACUGAGGAGCACCCUGCAGUUCCUAGUGGGGAAGAUGUGUGACUUGUUCCCUGUGCCCACAGCCACCACUGACCUGAGUGUGACGGGGAUCAGCCUAGUGAAGGAUGUGGAUGCCUCCCUGCCUGUCCUGGAUGACUUCCAUCAGGCGUUUGAAGUGGUCUUUGUGGAUCCCUCUGGGCUGGUGAAUCUCUGCGCUGAUAUGACUGCCAGCAAAUACCACCAGGUCCAGUUUGAAGCCAAGUGUUCCAUGGAAGUUUUAGAUGAUGGGAUGGUUGAUGGCUUCCAAGUGCUGCUCAUGACGCCAAAGCCCAUGCUUAGGGCCUUUGACCAUGUCUUCCACCUGAAGCAUGUCUCCAAGCUGCAGGGUGCCUGCAAGAAGAUGCAGCUGCUGAAUGAGCUGAUGGACCGAGGUGGAAACUACGUGGCUGCAGCCCUUCCCUUCAUUGUCUCAGUGCUGGCCCGUGGGCUGGCUGGGAGAGUCCUGCUCGUGGCUCAUGCUUUGCCCCAGAUCCCUGAGUGGUCAAUUGACUCUGAGCCCCCAAAACACAAGGAUAUUGGGCCGCUGACAUUUGGGCUCCUGUUUGUCCCAGAGUUUGCUGCCAGCAUGCUGGAGAAAGGACCUCAGGCUGAUCAUCCCGAGGCCCUGGACUUCCGGACCUUCUGGGGGGAGAAAUCAGAGCUGCGGCGCUUCCAAGACGGCAGCAUCUGUGAGGCGGUGGUGUGGGAGGCCAACACAGCCUGCCAGAAACGCCUCAUUCCAGAGCAGAUUGUCAGGCACCUGCUGAAGCUCCAUGCAGACAUUCCUGAAUCCUCCAUCUGCUACACUGGAGCUCUGCUGGAGUCUGUGAUCAGGGCUGGGCAAGAGGCAUCAGGGACAGGCGAGGAGGCCAUGGUGAGCGUCGUCUGCUCCUACGACGACCUGAGCCGCAAGCUGUGGAGCCUGAAGGAGCUGCCGCUGACGGUGACGGCGGUGCAGGGCGUCCAUCCAGCCCUGCGGUACACAGACGUCUUUCCUCCCAUUGCCAUGAAGCCGAUUUAUUCCUUCCAUACCCGAAUUAAGACCAAGCACUUGCUCCUUCCCUCGGAGGAGAAACCCUGCCCGGCCUAUAUAGCCCCUAUGAAGAUUAUCUGCCACAUGGAAGGCAGUGGCCAGUGGCCACAGGACAAAGAAGCCAUCAGGCGCAUCAAGGCAGCUUUCCACCUCCAGCUGGCUGAGCUCCUCCAGCAGCAGUACCAGCUGGUUUGCAGGCCUGCAGUCACCCACACCGAUGUGUACAAGGAUGGCUACGUUUUCCGUCUCCAAGUAGCCUAUCACCGGGAGCCCCUGAUCUUGAAGGAAGUGAUCACGCCAGAAGGGAUGCUGAAGUACCAGGACACAGAAGAAUCUCGGCAGCUGGAGCUGGAGACGUUGCAUCUGCCCUAUCUAACCAGCUCAUUGCAUGGGCUCCAGCAGCAGCACCCUGUCUUUGGCAGCACUUGCCGUCUGGCCAAGCGCUGGGUCAGUGCCCAGCUCCUUAGUGACGACAUCUCUGAGGAGUGUGUGGAUCUCCUUGUUGCAUUUCUCUUCCUCCACCCAGCCCCCUUCACACCGCCCAGCUCUCCCCAGGUGGGGUUCCUGCGUUUCCUUGACUUACUGGCAACCUUUGACUGGAAAAACAACCCUCUGAUCAUCAACCUCAAUGCUGGCCUCACAGGUGCUGACUGCACAGAGAUCAAGAGCAAGUUUGUGUCUGCUCGCUCUCGCCUCCCUGUCAUGUUCCUCGCUACCCCCAAAGACCAGCGGAGCUCCAUGUGGACCCAGCAAAGGCCCUCAGCACAGAUCCUGCAGCGCCUUGUCUUACUGGCCUCAGAGUCUCUCCGUGCCCUGGAGGAGCAGCUCAUGGAUCCGCUCAACAGCCAGGAUGUGAAGAUGGUCUUCCGCCCUCCUCUGGACUUCUAUGAUGUCCUAAUCCACCUGAAUCCAAACCAGAUUCCUCGACAUCUGGAGAGCGUGGACCGGCCCUUGAAGUCGUUUUCCCGGGGUGUGGUGAAGAACAGCAGUGCCCUGAAGAUCCUCUUUCCUGUGGUGGAUUACGACCCUGUGCAGUGCUACCUCCAGGAGCUGCGAGAUGCCUUCAGCGAUCUGGCUUUGUUCUUCUAUGACAAGCAUGGUGGAGAAUUGAUUGCAGUUUUGUGGAAACCUUUGAGCUUUCAGCCUCAACCUUUUAAGGUCUCCAGCAUGAAAGGAAGGAUGGUGACAACUCUGAACAGUGAGCUGGUCUGUGUUCCCAACGUGGAGGCGAUUCUGGAGGACUUUGAGGUUUUGGGAGAAGGCUUGGUCAAAAGAGUGGAAGCUCGUACAGAGAAAUGGACUAUCUGAGGCCACCGAGGGUUGUUGAAGGAACCUGUCUUGAAGCAGUCUGUUCACUCUAGGACUUCCUUUUAUGAAUUAGUCCUUAUUUAUCUUUAUAUGCCUUGUUCAGAAGAGCAACGUGACCUAUCAUUUUCAAGAAUACAAAUGCCUUUUUAUUUUGAAGAGAACAUAAAGAUGAGAUAAGGUUUUUGAAAGUAUUCAUCUUCAUUGUAGGAAACAAAGCUGUGUUAACCCAGAAAUGUCAAGGCCUGAAAAUUGUGGUGUGCCUUGGCACACUGAGGCAGUUUCCUAGUUCAGUAGAGGGUUCCUAGCAGCUGCUGAUAUUCAAUUGGUUGGCAAAACUAAAGAAACACUGAGCUAUUCCAAGAUGUCCAGGUUGUUCCCCUCUACUCAGCCCCUGUGAGACAUAUCUGGCAUGUUAUAAACAGACUGGAGCAGGUCCAUGAGGGGCAACAAGGGUAAUAAAGGAGUUAAAGCGUCUGUCAUACAAGGAGAGGGUGCAAGAAAAGAGAAGCUUGGAGAAGAGAAGGCUCAGCGAGAUCUUACUAAUGUGUUUAAAUAACCUGAUGAGGGAGUAGAGAACAUGGAGCCAGACUCUUCUCAAUGGUGCCCAAUGAUGGGAUGAGAGGAGUAAAUUGAAAUGCAAGAAAAUCUACUUAAAACAUUUUUUUUACUAUGAGAGUGGUUGAGCACUGGCAGAGGUUGCCCAGGGAGGUGAUGGUAUCUCCAAGGGAUCUCUAACCUUGGAAAUACUCACAUCCUAACUGGACAUGGCUUCCCUUUGAGCAGGGAUGUUGGAUUGUUCCUCCUGUGUGCAAUGGUCAUGGGAUUCCUGAUGGGGAAGGAGAGAGAAAUGAGGGAGCGAACCCCUACCAUUCUAUGAGCCUAUGAAUGCUCUUUUCCCAUCCUCUCUUCUGGUGAAGGCACCACACACGUUCCAACAGCAAAGCGCAGGGGAAUUGCAUGUGGAGCAAUGAAAACUGACUGUGACAGCAGAUAUGGCAGAAACCAAAAUCAGAUCAAGCAUGGAAAUGCAAGUGGAUGUUCAGGCAGUUUGGUAACUACAGACAGUUGUUGCUUGAUGAGGAGCCAUCCAGGUGGGAAGUGAAAUCUGUUGUUCAAGACCUACUGGCCUCUCCAGCUGUUGGAAGUGGGUCCAAGGCUUUGUGGAGGAGAUUCCCAGCUUGUUUUUCAAAUGUUUUCUCUGAGGCACCGAGAGGUGGGCUGUGUCAGAGAUGUGGCACCUAGUGCCUGUUGAAAGAAUGUUUGGAGGCACUGUAUGUCCUCCAGGACAGAUCCAUAUGUGCAGUGUCCUUGGGUUUGGGAUAUAUCUGCUCUAUUUAGA